UUGGUGUGCGUGCGCGUGCUUCAACGCUAUUCACUGACUGCGCCGUAUACAAAUCUUCUGCUGGAGCACGGGUUUGUUCUGUGCCCCUUACUUUCUCACCCCGCAAAACAUAGCGACAACAUAAUAGUGUAUUCGUUUUGCUAGCAUAAAUGCGUAUGCUGCCGUGCUUGUGCUGAUUCCAUCGCUUGGUUGUGUUUAUCCAUCCGGUCCGGUGCAGUUGGCGGGGGCCCGUAAACAAGACGCAGGUUUGUUUUGUUUCUUCUUCGGUACUUCUUGCCCCCGACCAAGGCCUCCGAUUGCUGAGACAGAUCGGACCGCUUAUCUCCAACCCCGAAUUGAAUUGCAAUGAGUCGCCGGAUUUAAGAUAAGACCGACGACACACACACACACACACACACACACACACACGCCUGUUCGAGUUCGUUCGUUUCGUUCUGCUCAUCAAACCCACCCCCACACGGCCACAGUAUGUCGCAGGGGGACGGCCCCGCACCAUCCAAUCUGCCGGCCGGUGUGUCGCUGCUGGAGAAUCAGGUCGCCGGCCACACCGCCGCCCAGGGCUGUCUGGGGCUGCUAAAACCCACCGGCGACGACGCUGGCACGGUCCUGAAGCCAACCGGCAAGGUACAGUGCGGUAUACGCGAGAUCGCUUUCUACGAGCGACUAGAGGAAGUGCGACGUCGCCACCGAGAAGCCGGCGAAGACACCGAGGAGGAAGCCCUCUGGACGGCACUGUUCCGAGUAGUGCCACAGUAUUACGGCCACCCGAAGCUGACCGUGGACGGGCGGGAGGUUGAGUUCAUUCAGCUGGAAGAUUUGACCGCCGGGCUGGAGUGGCCAUGCAUCAUGGAUGUGAAGAUUGGGCGCCGCACGUGGGACCCGCUGGCGACGCCCGAGAAGCGCCGGGCGGAGGAAGGCAAGUACAAAGCCUGCCGGCAGCGGUACGGGCUGUGCAUUCCCGGCUUUCAGUUUUACGCCGUGCGCAAGGGAGGCGCGCUGGUGCGGCACGGGAAGGAUUACGGCAAGCGGCUCACCGAGGACAACAUCCGCGACGCAUUUCUGCUGUAUUUAAACGCAACGGAAGAUGGACGACUGUCGCGCACGCUGCUGGAACGAUUUCUGGCCGAUUUGCGCAUCAUACGGGAUUGGGCGCGCAAGCAAACCACGUUCCGGCUGUACUCCAGCUCCGUGCUGCUCGUGUACGAUGCGGCCCAGCUCGGGCAGUGUGGCGACAGUGCACUGCAGAGAAACACAAGUCUGAACGCUUCGAACGGCCAAACGGCGGCGGCGGCGCCACUGGCCGUUAAGGCACGCAUGAUAGACUUUGCGCACGCCUUUCCAGCGGACGCUUCGGAGGCCGGCACCGUCGACGACAAUUACUUACAGGGAGUGGAGAGUUUGGUGGGCCUGUUCGAACAGUUUCUUGCCGCCGAGGGAAACGUUGACUAAAAA